AUGAUGCGCCCCCGAGAGGUGGCUCCCGCCGGAGGCUCCCCUCUGGUCACAGGAGGCGCCUUUAGGGUCUCCAGCCCUCGGCCGCUCCCCCUGCUCCCGGAACGCCCCUCGCGGAGGCACAGGGCGGGCUGCGGAGCCCACGGCCCAGGGUCUCGCGGGCAGGAGAGGCGGCGUGGGCGCCGUGACCCACCUGCCGGGCCGGUGGCGCGCGCGCGUGCCCGGGGCCGCUCGGCGCCUGGGAGCGCGCAACUAGCGUCCGGCGCUGCGGGGGCCGCAGUGAGCUCAUCUCCUCGCGCGGCGCCGGGGAAGGGCCGGCACGCCCGCGCCACCUGCCGGGCCCGCGGGGUACUGCCCUGGCCUCCAGGCCGCCCCGGAAGCCGCGCCGCCUGCGUGGGACCCUGCGACGCUGCCACCCAGCCGCAGGCGGAACUCGCUCGGCUCGUCACCCCUUCACCCGGUGCGCCUGGGCCGUGUCCGGGCCCACGCCGGACCCGCCGGACCCUCGAUCUUGCGCGUGGCCCCGCACCCAGCCCUCCCCGGAGCUCAGGUGCACUGGGCUGGGAGACACCGCUGGGCUGCGCGGCGUGGGAGGAGCCUGCAGAGGGCGUGGUGGGGACCCGGUGGCAGGAGGAACAGCAUCAGCCCUGGUCGCACCACUUUCCCCGCUCCCCCCACCCAGGUAGAGAAGGCAGGGGCUGCAGGACCGGGGCCAGCCACAACCCUCUCCCGCUCCAAGGAGGACAUGGGCGAAGGGAGUUUCAGGUCAUAGGGGCAGCCCCGAGAAAGGGGCCCCAUGGGCAACUCGCGGCCGUCGGUUGUUGCGAGUGCCCCUGA